GGUCUGCCAGUUCGCUGGUCAGAGCCGGGGCAGUUCACCUAGCCGAAUAACAGCAUUUUGUAGAAUUAAGACUUUGGAACAAAAACAGAGGAAGGGGAAUGGCAUACAGCCUUCUCUCUCUCUUUCCACACAUACUCCACACACCCUCCAGCCCCAGAGGCGCCGCACCCAUAACCGCUUUUGCUAGUUUACACAGCUGACGGGGUGUGGGGUAGGGCCGCCGGGCAGGGCAAGGCCAGGCCAGUUCUUGCAUCUUCGCAUCCUUAGAAUUCCACCUUAAAGUCACGGCUUGCCCAAUGUCUUACCUGCUUAAGGUGGAACCGGCUGGCCUUAAAGCCUGCCUCCCUGCUGAUGUCAGUUGCUAGGGAGAGGGGUGUAAUCCCGUAGGUGUGUCACCAGCAGUUCAGAGAAGGAGAGGAAAGUCCCAGGAAACCAACCAACGCUUGGAAGCAGACAGGGAGGGCGUGGGCUAGGAGGGUGUAUGUGCCUCUGUGUAUGCCGUGCUUACGCUUGUCCUGAGUGAAGAAACUUUUUUUUGUACUGACUCAGGCAGCGGGAGGGCGCGGCAGACACCUGGCCUCACCUAUGAAUAAGCACUCAACUUUCUGGAGUGUCAACGGGACGCUUGAGCUGCCUGAGCUCAGAGACGAGGGUGCAGGGGGAGCUGAAGGGCUGUCACAAGCCCCUGAGGAAACUCCUUGGUUCAGUCAAGACCUGCGUGCCUGGCAGCAGGGGUCAACCAGAAGAAGAAGAAGAGCCAGGCUGUUUUAAUGUAUGCCUUGCCCAGCUGCCACCAUGCAGGAAAAUAAUUUCUUCUUGUCGGCUCUGCAGCCGGAGGAUGGUGUGUGUUCCUUGGCCUUGCCCUCAGACCAGCAGCUGGACAGGAAAAAGAAGGAAGCCCAAGGCAGCGAGCUGUUCAAGAGUGCCCGGGUGCAGGAGCAGGUCCGCAUGAGGAUGCUGCAGAAGAGCCACUCCGCCCCCAGGACUAAUGGCGCAAUGUUUGACUACGCAGAGCUGAAAGGUGGAAACUCCUCUAAUGGCCAAUACAGCACUCAGCAGAAGCACUUCAGCUCCAAAUCCCAAACAAAUGGCACAGCCCCCAAAAGCUCUCUGUACCACCCACCAGCCCAGAAAGGAUACAGCACUGUGAAAUCUACUGGCUGGUCUUCUCGCUCAGCAGUGGACCUUAGACCCAACCAGAGAGUGGCCUCCAUCAGCAAUGGUGUUGGGCCAAAGGGCCCAGCUUAUGGCACAAAUUACACCCUGUCUCAAUCUGCCAACACUGCCUCCCGCCCCAGAUCUUAUCAUGAGCGGAACUACCGGGCACAUCAGAACUAUGACACCAUGUCCCUGCACUCCCUGCGCCUGGCAGAUGGGCCAGUCAGUCCUGGGGGUGUGGAGGACCACUACAGCAUUGUGUCGGAGCAGCUGGAUCCAUUGGCCCAGGCAACUCUCUACAAAAACAGGGGAGGUGGUGGUUUCAGCAGAUCCUACGCAUUUGAAAGGCAGAUGAGUGCUGGCUCUAAUGCUGGCGUGAAAGGGCCCAUCGACUGGAUGGAUGGUGUGGAGGCACCCCAAAACAGGACUGUCAUCCGUGCACCAGCCAUGCGUACCUUGCAGCGUUUCCAGAGCAACAACCGUUCUCGCUUUAGCACUGGCUCCUUUAGCGGUGUCCAGGCCUCUCAGGGAGGGAGUGGAAACUCCUAUGCAGGAGUGAUGGAACGUAGUUCCCGUGCCCCCUCUGUGCGCAGCUUAGCUGAAUCCAACCACCAUUUGCAAGAUCUGCGCGCCAUUGACAUGUAUGAUGGUCAAAACACACUGAUGUCUCAGCAGUCCUUCUCUGGCGGGUUUGAUGACAUUGAUCUUCCCUCUGCGGUGAAAUACCUGAUGGCCAGUGACCCCAACUUACAGGUGCUUGGAGCUGCCUACAUCCAGCACAAAUGCUAUAGCGACAAUGAUGCCAAGAAGCAGGCCCGCAGCCUCCAAGCUGUGCCCAAACUAGUGAAGCUCUUCAACAACUCCAACCAAGAGGUGCAGCGCCAUGCCACUGGAGCCAUGCGCAACCUCAUCUAUGACAAUGCCGAAAAUAAGCUGAUGCUGGUAGAAGAAAAUGGAAUCUAUGAGCUGAUGCACACUUUGCGUGAACAAGAUGAUGAAUUGCGCAAGAAUGUCACAGGCAUCCUCUGGAAUCUGUCUUCCAGCGAUAACCUCAAGGACCGUCUGGCCCGUGACACCCUGGAGAAGCUCACAGACCUCAUCUUGAUUCCUCUGUCUGGUACAGGCAGUGCUGCUAUUAUCCAGCUAAAUGCCUCUGAGGCAGAAAUAUUCUACAAUGCUACUGGCUUCCUCAGAAAUCUUAGCUCUGCCAGCCAGCAAACCCGGCAGAAGAUGCGUGAGUGCUAUGGGUUGGUGGACUCCAUGGUCAAUUACAUUAACAGCUCACUAGAAGUAGGGAAGUCGGAGGACAAGAGUGUAGAGAAUGCCGUCUGCGUACUGCGCAACCUCUCCUACCGUCUCUAUGAUGAGAUGCCUCCUUCUGCACUCCAGAGACUGGAAGGCCAAAAGAGGAGCGAUGGGGCAGUCAUGACCAAUGAGCUGGUAGGCUGCUUCAGCCCACAGAGCAAGAGAGCUCGAGAGCUCCACAUGAACGCAGAUAUUGUGACUUUCACAGAGGUCUCUAAGGAUCCCAGGGGGAUGGAGUGGCUCUGGAACCCUCAAAUUAUAGGAGUGUACAACAGGCUGCUACAGAAAUGUGAGCUAAACAAGCACACCACAGAGGCAGCCUCUGGGGCUCUUCAGAACAUCACUGCAGGAGACCGGAGGUGGGCUGGUGUCCUCAGCAGAGCGGCUUUGGAGCAAGAGAGGAUCCUGAACCCAGUGCUCGACAGAGUCCGCACAGCUGACCACCACCAGCUUCGCUCAUUGACGGGACUGAUUCGGAAUCUCUCGCGAAAUGCACGCAACAAGGAUGAGAUGUCAACCAAGGUGGUGAGUCAUUUGAUCGAGAAGCUCCCAGGCAGCACCGGAGACAAGUGGCCCCCAACAGAUGUGGUUGUCAACAUUAUUGCUGUGUUGAACAACUUGGUUGUGGAAAGCCCUGUUGCUGCACGUGACAUUGUUUACUUUGAUGGCCUCCGCAAGCUGUUCUACAUCAAGAGAAAAAGGGACAGCUCAGACAGUGAGAAGUCCUCCAGAGCUGCUUCUAGCCUCCUGACCAACAUGUGGCAGUACAGCAAGCUUCAUCGGGACUAUAAGACGACGGGCUAUCGAAAAGAGGACUUUCUUGGCCUGUAAAGAAAAGGGAAUGCAGAAAAUGGACUGUCCAACCCUAAUUCUUCUCAAUGAAAUUUGUGCGUGAAGCACCAUUACAGACUGUGGCUCUUCCCUUGCAGCUCCCCUCCUUUUUAUAGUUCUCAGGCCAGUUUGGCGGACAGGCCUUAUUUUUGCAUUAUUCAUUACUGUUUCUUUUUCAAGCCUGUUGGAAGCUUGUCUUCUUCUGCUGGCCAUCUUAUCUCAAUAAAGCAAUCAUCUUAACUGUAAAGACAUGAGUCAGCAUCCAGGAAAAUUCUCAGGACUCUUCGUGACAGCACCAAACUCUCCUUCUCUUUCUCUUCAUGUCCUGGAUGCCAAUGGAUCCCUGGGCAUUCUUUGGAAUUUGUGGACAAUGAUGUCACAGCAGGACUUCCAGACUUGCUUAAGAUAUUGAAGGGCUUUGUAUCAUUCAUGGGUACUUCCAUCUGCUUUCAUGCUUCUCUCGCUUUCCAUUCCUCCUUCUCAAAAUUCUUGCUUUUUAUUGAUUACGCUUCCCCACCCCUAUGAAGAACUGGAAUGACUUCCUUAUCAUUUAAAAAAGGAUAAUGCUGUUUUGAGGCAUGAAUCUAUUUUAAUGAUAAAUGUAAGCUCUACAUAUAGGACACUAGGAAAAGGCCACUUGUUUCUGGUGGUCUUGGAUCCUUGUUGAUGGAAUUUUGAUGGAUAUAUGCAGUGUUUUAAAGUUGCACUGACCAAAAAGUAGGGCAGAAUGCUUUGGAAUAUAGUUUUAUGGUGGAACUGGGUGGUGGAUCCUUUCAUUUUAGUUAAUUCAUGUCAAUGGUCCUAAAGACAAACUUUUCUGGAGCUGUACAUACUGUGUUUAGCUCCAUUUCUGUUUGGGUGAUAGAACUGGUUAAAGGGGGCGUGUACAGAAAAGGAGUGCUGGCUGACUUAGAAUCUGCCGAUCCUCAGACUGGUCUCUGGCCAACCUUGCUGUGGGUUGUGCAGAAAUUUAUUUUUGUCUCUAUGCUGGUAGGUUUGUUGUAGGUGGAUGUAAAGUGCCUGAAGCCGGCCCACUGAACUUCAUUUGAUUAUAGAAUAAAAUCAAAGGGCCAUAUCAACAAACUCGUUGCGCUAACAAAAGCCAGUGCAAAGAUCCCUGCUAGCACAAUGGGACUUCCCCCCCCUUAAUCCCUGCCCCCCAAAUCUGUUAUGGAGGGUGGGGGGACCCCCCAGAAAGGUACAUGGAGGGUGGGGAGAAGGGACAUCUUUCUGUUAGGGAACAGAAAUGCACCCCAAAGGCCUCAAUCCAAAGUAGUUGGCCUGCAGUAGCAGCCUUCAGAGCCACUGUUGCAUUCAAUAUGCUGUCUUUACCAUCAGAUUGACAGUGUCCAGCAGUACUGAAGCUCAUCCUGUUGGGCAUGCAAAGGGCCCUUUCCAUCCACUCAUCCAACACCUUGCCUAACAAAGGUGAGCAGUGCUAUAAGCUUUUCCAGCCACUAAUAAGCUGCUAAGAUAUAUGCAUGCAACACACAAGUAUUGUGUACGUCCCAGCAAAUGGAUUUUUUUUACACCACAGUAUCAGUUGUGUGGAUGAGCUAAUGACCAGUGAGAAUGAUCAAGCUAAUGACUGCUUUCUUUUCCUGGUAUGCUGUCCAUAUAAAUGCUUUAAGAACCUAUUAUGAGCUUGUGAGAGAAAUCAUUAGAGUAUGCCAGCAUGUUUGUAUUUAAGAUUGUUCCCAUGCCAUGGAAAAUAACCAGCUAUUGGCAUGAACCACAAAAUGGGAGAUGGGAAGGCUGGCUCCAUAAGGUGGAGUCUUGGGAUUAUUAUUAAAACAGAUGUUAUCAUUAGUUAGAAAGGACCUUAGUUGGUCUGUCCUAAAGUCAGAUCACCCACAGUUAGCAUCCCUGUCAAAGUAGCCAGAACUGUCUGGGAUCUACUAGGACUGUAGGCUCACUGGUCACUUCAAACGCAGCCAGUAUGAUUUUUCUGGCUGUGUUUUGAAGUGACACUGCCCUCUGCUGGCCACACCGCCUUUACCCUCUGCUGCCUUCAGAGCUUUCAGAACCACCCACAGCAAACUGUCUCUGCUUGAGCCUGCAGCAAAGUGUUUUCCUUGGCCACACCUAGAAGACAAAAGGGUCAAUCUACCAAUCAGUUGCAAAACCUUCCUGAAGCUGAAUUUUUUAAAAAAUGCACUGGAGCUGAUCCAAGGUUUUAAAAGUAAAAAGCGGGGGGGGGGUUUGACUAGCAUUGUGCACCCCCAUUUUGAGAAGAGGUAGAAAUGCAUUGGAACUGGCUAUGCUAGGCAAGGAACAAGAUGCCUGGAUUAGGUUUUUAGUAAAAUGAAGCCGUCCUGUGUGUGCCAGUAUUCUACAUAAAGGACAUUAUAUACUAACCCAAAGUACUUUUCAAUUGGGUAUAUCCUUCCUACAGUCCAGUGACAGAUUACUAGCAAGUCUCAUCAGAAUGGUGGCUUAAGGGGAAAUUGCCACAGAGGCUGUGAUGACAGGCACACCAUAGGCAUGUGUGGAUGGCUGUCUUCGGGCCACCUAUCUAUGCCAGUUGGGAAGUUGGAGGCUGCAGGAGACGGUCUUAAGUUACAGUACAUGCCAUACACACUAUGGCUUAUAGAAAGAAACUGUGUGUCUUCGGCCUACCAACUUUUUUCAGUAUAGCUGAAAACCAUUGAUAAUGUUUCUCUUACUGGAGGGAGUAGUUGCACUUUUAAUUGCACUGCUUUUCACAUAUACCAGCAGCUCUUGAUAUCUAUCCUGCUCAAAGUGAGCUAUGCAAAUAAUAUGACUUUUAUGGCAUGUGGCCAGUCCCUGCUAAGCUAGCCCUUUGCUUUAGUAUUUCAUAGAGAAAAAAUUACCCAGUGUCCUCUCUAAAGUUUUUGCUGUAAUUGUUAAAAUUUGUGUCUAGUAUAGAUAUGAAGCCAGACUUUGCUCAGCCACAACGGGAAGCCAAGAUGGACUUGGGCUGACAACUAAGGGCUCUCGUGUAUAUGUUGUACAUAGAAUGCUUUUGGUUUUGCCCCAGUUGUAUAGCAGAUACGCUAUUAUCUUAUAAAAUUACUGAUUUUUCACAAUUCGUUAACUUUGAAGGCACUAUGGCUCAGCUACCUGCAUGCUUCCUUGAAAUCAUAACUAAGCAACUGAAUAUUUGAAUUUGCUUUAAGAAAGGUGAAUUUUAAGCAGCUGACAUCUUGUUUUUUAAAGUAGCUUCUACUUUGAAUGGUGCAUAGUGAUACUGUCCUAUCACUCACUGCUCCUCCCAACUCUCAUCCUAUUUUCAGAGGUGAUCACAUAUAUAUAAAAUUGAAAAAACAUCUCCCUUAAUUUGCAGGUUAGGAUGGAUGUAUUUGUAGAUAUGUCUCUUUGGUACAUGUAUACUCAAGCUUCAGAUAGGAUGUUUGAGACCAAUGCCCAGAAAUGGAGUUGUUAUCCCCUUCAAGACGCUCUUUGGUAAAGGGGAGAAAGAAUCAACAAAAUGCACCAUAAUGAUUAUUCAAAACCUAUAGUUCAGCAAGUUAAGUAGGAAAUAAAUCUGUUUAUUUAUCUGCCUGCUGCUAAUGCUGUUUGGCAGAGCCAUGGCUCUGCUCUCCACAUAGACCCCUCAAAUGAACACACUGGAUGCAAGAUUUAAAACCUUAGCCACAAGGUCUGUUUGCUGUACCCCAAGGAGAAAAAUGGGCUAUUAUGCCAUCCUGUGAAGACAGCCAGAGCCUAUGGCACAUUCGUAGGUAAAAUACACUUAGUUAAACCAUAAUGAUCAUAGCAAGCAGUAACUAUAUCCUUUGGUGGAGAGAAAUCUCUUGGGAACUAAAUGGGAUCUUAGGCUCUUCAACAAAGGUAGAGGUAUUCUGGUCUAGACAACUGUUUGUAUUUGCCUUACGAGAGCUUGACACACUGAAAAAUGUUGUGUGAUAUCCAAGAGCAAGUGGGUAGAAGGACUGAAUCAACUUCAAUACUUUUGCUAGAGAGAACAAACUGCAACUGAUAGGACAACUCACUGAUUUGUGUGAAACCCGUAAGAUGGUCAGCCUCAGUGGAUCAGCACAGAAGGAAUUUCAACCAGUUUCUCAUCCCUGUAUGACAUGUUGUACCUGCUAAAACGUUGUCUUCUACACAACUAUUAAAGGUAUAGGAACGUUG